CUUAACGGGCUGAAAUGCUUUUCAUAUGCUGACUAUUCGGUCCGGCCCCCAUUCACCCAUGGUGAGCCUGCGAGCAAGGCGGGAGCUGACCCCAAUACUGCAGCUGAGCUAGACAUUGACAUAUAAUUGCGUAGCAUUACAUUGAGGACAGAGCUAUAGAUAUCAGAAGGAGUGCUUUAGCAUCUGCAGAUCUUUUCACGCGGGGCCCAGGCCUGUCGUUGCUUUGUGCGUAGAGUCACCUCACGCAACAGCUAUUGAUUCUGAGCACAGCAAGAGUUGGUGCGGAACUCCCGCGCUGGGCAGGGUUGUCUUCUGGGCGGGGCCGCUGUGACCUAGUAGCUCGCAAUCAUGUCGGACAACGAAAUGGAAGUCGAGGAGCAGCAGGAGCAGGAGGAGCAGCAGGCAGGGCCCAGCAAGCGCGGCAACAAGUCGGGGAAGCGGUUCGAGAUUAAGAAGUGGAAUGCAGUGGCGAUGUGGAGCUGGGCCAUUUGCACCGACACCUGCGCCAUUUGCCGCAACAACCUUUACGAGCCCAGCAUCGAGUACCAGGCGAACCCCACGGGGGACCCAGAUCACCCGGGCCUGUCCAUUGCCUGGGGGUGCUGCGGGCACGUCUUCCACCUGGACUGCAUUCAGCGCUGGCUUAAAACCCGUAGCGCCUGCCCACUGUGCAACAAGGAGUGGGAGUUUGCCAAGAUUGAGAAGAUCCUGCCGGGCGGCGGCAUGGUGGGCCUGGAGUAAGGCGGGGCUGUGAGAGGUGGCGGGUGCCACGGCGGCGGCGGCACCCCGCCCUCCACGCUCGUGGAGGGCGCAGUAGGGUACCUCAGUAACGUGGGAAGGGGCCGCACGCAUUGAGUCACUGAGGGAAGCUUUGGGUUUAGGUCGCACUGACGGGCAGUCCGCUGCGGGCCAUGUAGAAGCGAGGCUGCGUUUGGUUGCAUGACGCUGUGGACACCGGCAUGGAUCAGGCCACAGCCUACAUGACGGGCUGCAUUGAUAGGCAGGGUCUGUCGACUGCAGUAUUGCCCAGCCAUGUGGACACUGCGUUGGUGUGUGAUGGAACGGCAACGCACGGCGUCUAUUGGUUGCCAGUAGAUAGAGACGUGACGCGCACUUGCUGGCGGCACGUCGGCGCUGGGGCGUGUGGGGCUCCAGCUUUGCUUUAGAACGCGUGGGGACGUGUAUUUCGGCAAGGGAAAUCGAGCGCGAGGAAGCAAACGCCGGGCACGCGCUGCGACGUGCAAGGAAUAGCUCUGCAGGAUGGCAAUGCAGUUGGCAGGCGAUCCGCGCUGCGUUCGCGUGUUUCACCUGCUGGAACGCCUGCCUUAUGGGCAUUCAGUACAAGAGGGCGGGAGAUGAGGAUGCCCGCAUAUGACAUGACGGCACGAGGCAAGUGUCAGCAGGCAAGCGUGAGGCAGGCGGUUGUAAUUUUACAUUGUU